AUGCUGUUAGCAAGCGUUGAUAAAUACAGUAGAUCGUUAUUAAAUGCCAUCAAUGACAUCAAUAUGUCAUUCAUAAAACAUUACAUGUUGGUUAUUUUGCAUUGUUGGCUGUUAAGCGUUUCUGCUUCUCAGAAUAUUUAUCUGACAACUUGGCAAUUUGGAUUGUUUAAUGAGAAAUUUUUUGUCUGUUCGGAAGAUUUUCAGACCAAAAGUACAGUUGCAGUUAAUAGUACAUUGGAGUGUGCCCUUCUGUGUGCUACUACUCAGUUCUCAAAAUGUUUAUCCUUCAAUUUUCUAGCAAGUCAAAACCAAUGUCAGAUUUUCCCAUAUUUAUCGAAGCAUUUCAACGCGAGGAGUGUUACUGAUAAGUCGUGUUUGUACUAUUACCAAAGUGAACUGUUAAUGUUGAAAUUUUUCUUCUCCUUGAAACAACAGGGCAAUCAGAGUUUACUUGCAAAUGUUUCUGUGAACUCGGCCCUCCAAAAGCCAACUUAUUCAAGUCCAUUAUACCUUCCAGGACCCACAUUUUCUAAUUAUUCAGUAGACGGCAUAAGAUCAGGUUUCUUUCCAUCUGUUGGAUGUUUCCAUUCGGCCCAAUCCCCACCGAGCUGGUUGGCUGUUGAUCUGCUGGAGACAUUCGUCGUAUAUUACGUCAUGCUGGUUAAUAGGGACGCCGUUGGAGAAAGACUAUCCAGAUACAUAGUUGGACUGAACAGGAGCCUGAGAUCCGUCGUGAAGAGAUGGGACUACGACCUCUGCGGACAAUAUCCCAAAGUAACAGUAUCCGCUUCCUGGUACAUAACUCUAUGCAACAGUUACUCGUACGCACAUAGGUAUGUUAUUGUACAGUCUGCUAAUGACACAGACCAAUAUUUGACUGUCUGUGAGUUGGAAGUUUAUGGUCAGUAA